AUGAGCUUCCAGCAUUUCAGGCUGGGCGAGCUCGCCAUGACCCAGCCGCUCCCGCCCCAUCUCAUGCAGCACAAGGGCACGACAAACAACAUAAAUGGCGCGCCGCCAGAUUCAGCGUCUCAUUUUACCAGCCAGCCCGCCACUUUCCCCUCAAAUCAGUCGACGAAUGGUCCCACGGCCCUUUCGCCUGGUCCGUCAUCUACCACUCCUACUAAGCAACCGUAUGGCUCAGGCGAUGCAGACGACGGUUACACACUGGUGUUCCCUAACAUCGACGCCUUCCAUGCCUGGCGCGUGCAGGAAGAGGAGACACAGAUGGUCGAGUUCGUGAAGGGGGACACCCACGGCAGCAAGGCGAUCCCCCCGAGAUUCAGAGAACAUACGAAACUCGUCUGUGCGAGGCAUUAUGUGGCGGGAGACAACCGGAUAGGGAAGUGUCGCGUCACACGAAGUCACACAAGUCAAAGACAGGGGGCUCGUACUUUAUAG